UCGAGAAAGCAGCGGGCUGGACUGCCUUUCCCAGCAUGCCGCGCGGCGGCCAAGGCGUGGCCCGGAAGAGGCGGGAGCCAGAAAGAGUGAGGGAGAGAGGGGCUCAGUCGGUUCGGGCCGCGCUCGGUGCCGCCGCCGCCGCCGCCAUUAGCCGAGUGGGAGCUGCGAGGGCGAUGAAUCACGUCAGGACUUCUGUUGGGAGCUGCCUGCUGGUGUGCCGUUGCGUUUAUAGGACUUAGCUUUAAGACCCUUUGCUGGCUCCAGCUGAGGAUUCAGAAUGGGAGACAAGCCCAUUUGGGAGCAGAUUGGUUCUAGCUUUGUACAGCAUUACUACCAGUUAUUCGAUACAGACAGGACUCAAUUAGGAGCAAUAUAUAUAGACGCCUCAUGCCUUACGUGGGAAGGACAACAAUUUCAGGGCAAAGCAGCUAUUGUUGAAAAACUUUCAAGCCUUCCUUUUCAGAAAAUACAGCACAGCAUCACAGCACAAGACCAUCAGCCCACACCUGACAGCUGUAUACUCAGUAUGGUAGUUGGACAGCUUAAGGCUGAUGAAGAUCCUAUUAUGGGAUUUCACCAGAUAUUUUUAUUAAAGAACUUCAAUGAUGCUUGGGUUUGCACCAAUGACAUGUUCAGGCUAGCAUUGCACAACUUUGGUUGAGACGGCAUCCCCGAGGCACCUGUCAUUUUUCUUUUCUCCUCCUUACAGAUAUUAAUCACACUUAUGGAACAUUCCAAAUAUCAUACACAAACCUGCAACACAGCAGCGCGUGGACGAGUGAGCGAGAUCUCUGCGACCUGCCCUCUGAAGAGUUUUAUGUUGUGUCACUAGAAGAGUUCCUUGUGCAUGAUGUUUGGAAGUUUAGACUUAGCUGCAUUUGACAAGGGAAAUGUGUGUCUUACCAGCAUGCCUCGGGAAGCAUCCAUAACGCAAAAAAAGGUUGUGGUUCUAUACUGACAAGUUUCUCUAAAUAACCCAAAGAAACAAAGAAAGGAGAGAAAAGAACAGCAGCCUGAAUGCAGCUCAGAUACUGGUUUUUUUUUUGUUCAGAUGUUUCAGUGCUACAUUAUACAAUAAAACCAUGACAUUUUCCUAAUA